UUCUCGACACUCCGAACUUUCGGGAGAACCACAGAAGAAGGAGGAGAGGGAGAACAACGCCAUUUUCCCUGGCCCUGUGCAGUCAGACAGGUGUCUUUAGUCCAGACUGGCAGGUGGAUCAGACCAGACUGUCUUGGAGGGCGUUGAAGUUUGGACUUGGUAACAAACUGAAUCGCAGCAGGCCAUCAGAAGAGGAGGAGGAGGAGGAGGAGUGGACGAGGCGAAGGUGGAGCCAUGUCGGCCAUGUGGCAUGAGGAGGAUGAAGAGUUUAAGACGGGAGGAGUUAAAGGAGGGUUGAAAGGCAAACCCAGAUUCUCCUACACUGAGGUGAAACUGCUGCUGGAGGCGGUGAAGAAAAACAGAUACAUCAUCCUCAAAAAGUUUAACCAAGGUGUGUCGGCUGAAGCCAAGAAACAGACCUGGGCUGAAAUCACCGACCAGAUCAACAGUCUGGGAGAGAAUCACAGAGAGGUGCGUCAGAUUAUGAAGAAAUGGGCGGACCUCAAAUGUGAUGGAAAGCGCCGAGCUGUAGCCCUCCGGAACCCCAACGGCAGCAACCCAAGAAAGAAGCACCUGGGCCCCGUGGAAAGGAUGGUCCAUAAGAUACUGAUGAUGAGUCCCAGAGCAGGUGGUGAAAGUGAUCUGGAAUUAGAAGAAGAUGAAGAUUUUUCAAAGCUUUACAGUAAAGGCCCACACCCCAACCCUCCCCCCUUCUCCUACCUCAGCCUGACGGACAGUUCCCAGUCCAUACCUGGAGGAGCCUCCUAUGAAUUUUCUCCUCUCUCCUCACCAGAGAAAGAUCUUGGUGGUGAUCCGUUCCACUCGUCCUCUGACUUCGAUCUGGCUGACGAUGGAGAACGUACUAUGGACUUUGAAGAAAAUGAAGACUCCUUGUUCUCCUCCUACUCUUCCUCUCUUCCUCCCACCUCCUCCCCCUCCCUGGACCCCCUCCCUGACAACGCCCUGCUGAGGAUGAAGCCUGUCCACACCUACUCCCGAAACAACAGCCAGAGCCAGGGCCAGAACCAGAACCACACCGCCUCUAAACCUCCACCUGGACCCUCUGUGGCCUCCACCUCCUCUGUUUUCCCUUCAGUGUCCGAUUCAGACACCUCCUCGCCCUCUGCUGCGCCUCCCCCAUCGCAGGGCCCCACAAGCUCCAACAUGACGCUCUCCUCCCUCCCUGCUCCUCCUCCCUCCUCAUUCGCUCCCCCUCCCCCUCCUUCCUCGUCCUCUGCACCUGUUGCAGACUCUCAACCGCCCCAUUCCUCUUCCUCUAACCUACCUCCUCCUGCUGACUCUGCUGCUGCAUCUUCCUCCUCUGCUGCUUCUACUGCAACCUCUUCUUCCAACUUUCAUCAACCUUCUCCCCCCUCCUCCUCAGUCCUCCCACCCAGUCAUGCUUCCACCUCAGACUCAAACCUCUCUGACCCUCUCCCAGGUGGAGUGUCCUCCCGCAGGGCCCCUGAACACGUAGCCCAGAUGGCCUCUCAAAGCCUCCAGCAGCAGCGGGCCAGCAGGAUGCUUCUGACCUCGGUGUCCCAGUCUCUGGAGAUGCUGGCUCAGUCCGUCCAGCUACUGGUGGAGAGCCAGCAGGAGUUUGUGCAGGAAUCUCUGCUGCUGCAGAGGGAAACGGUGGACAUCCUGAGGGAUUUCUCCAACACGGCGCUGACUAUGCUGAGAGACAAAGCCAAUAGUGGACAGUCCACACACCAUCAUCCCGCUGCACACUUCUGAAAAACGCACAUGAACAAACUUUCCAUAACAAACAUGAGCAGGUAACUACAAGCCAAGAGCAGGUUAAACGUGGCAGCAGGAGCAGAUUACAGAUUCUGAUGGUCGAAUCAUGAAAGAGAUAGCUGAUAUUUGACUUUACUAGCUACUGUGGCUGCUGGACAGAAAAGUUCUUUCUCCUGUUUCCCCAAAGGCACAAACAUGCAGUUUUAGGGCCUGAUCUCACGGGCUGUUUAUUUAUGUGCCUGAAUCUUUCUUUUCCUUCUGUAUUUACUGUUUUUGAGCUGUCAACACAUAAACACAGAUGAACUGACAGGAUUUUUUACUUCUUAAGUGCACUGGGACACUUGGUUUAAAAUGUUAACUGUAAUGUAUCAGUAGAAUAUAUAAUUAUUAACCCUGCGUUGGAGCUCCGGCAGCAGCUCUGCAUCAGAGCCUCCGUCUUAAUGUUGGACUGUUGGACGCUCAGCUGGAGGACAGCGUGGCAGGAUCUGUUGAGACAGAGCAGGACACAUAAUGUCAUCAUCACUGAUGUCAUCUCCACCACAUCCUGUCCACAUGCUCACACAGGCUGUUGUUGUGCUGGUUCAUGUCUGUGAUGCAGAAACCACUGCUCCUAAUUCAUUGUAAUACAAGUGACAUGUUUUGUUGAAUUUACUGCUGUGAACAAAAAAAAUCUUCUCUAAUUUCCAAAACGGUUUAUUUAAGUUUUUUUCUCGUUUAUCCUCCUGAUCUUCUAAUCGUCUCGCAGUAAAUGUCACCAUCAUAAAACGGUCUUACAAUAACAUCUUUCAUCACAAUCAUUUCUGGGACAAUAAAUCGUCUAGUAAAGCUGUUAUUGUGACAGGUCAACAUCUGAGCCUAGAACAUGUAGACACUCUGCUGCCAAUCUUCUUCCUCGUCCAGCUCAUAGUAUUGUAUCUGCAGACCCCCAACCUGAAAAUGCAAUAUGCUCACAUGCAGAUUGCUCUCUGACGAAAUGACUUGUAACUGACGGCUGUAACACCAGGCUAUGUGAUGUGUCAACAACCAAAUCCUGAAAUAAAGGUUUUAUUAAUAAAAGAA